UCAGUAGCUGUCGUUAAUUUGCACAGACCACACAUUCAUUCAAUUGCUUUAUUUAUCGCACAUUUAUUGUGGGAAUUCUAAAAUCUUUUUGUUUAUUUGUUUUUGUUUUUAUUCUCUCAAGUUAUAAACAUGGUUUCAGCGCGUGCUUUGCAUUUUGUUUUAAAAAUUGGUGAUCGUGGUGCAAACAUCAAUUUCUUCCGAAACAUUCUCGGGAUGCAGGUUUUACGUCACGAAGAAUUUACAGAAGGCUGUGCUGCUUCGUGCAAUGGGCCAUACGAUAAUCGCUGGAGCAAAACGAUGAUAGGCUACGGACCAGAGUCAAACCAUUUUGUCGUUGAACUCACAUACAAUUACGGAGUUACCAGCUAUGAUUUGGGAAAUGAUUUCGGUGGUAUUGCCAUUAAGGCAAAUGGUAUUGUUGAUCGUGUCAAAAAGCAAAACUAUUCAUUCACCGUUGAAAAUGAGGUUUAUCUCUUAAAAUCACCGGAUGGAUAUAAGUUCUAUGUGACCGAUGCACAAAGCUCUGGCGAUCCAGUUCAAAGCGUAAUCAUCAAUUCGAACGAUUUACAAAAGACGCAAUCGUAUUGGACCGAUUUGUUGAAUAUGAAAUUGCUAAAUCAAAGUGACAACGAGCUCGCCUUGAAAUAUGACGGCGAUCAAACGAAAUUGAUCUUCAAGAAGAUUGAUGAAAAAAUUGAUCGUAAAACAGCUUUUGGGCGGAUCGCAUUUGCCAUAGCAUUCGAAGAACAAACAAAACUGAGCGAAGAGGUCACGAAACGCAAUGCAAAAGUUAUACAUCCAUUGACUUCAUUAGAUACACCUGGAAAGGCAACCGUUCGUGUCAUCAUUUUAUCCGAUCCAAAUGAAUUGGAAAUUUGCUUUGUGGAUGAAGAAGGAUUCGCUCAACUUUCGCAAGUUGAUCCAGGUUCAGAUGCUGACCUAGACAAAAACGUGCAACGUGAUCCAUUCCAGAAAAAAUGAAUUCAAUACAGCGAUAAUAUUAGGCCUAUAAUUACUUUUUGGGCAUUUGGGAACACAUUUUAAUACACACUUGUUACUUAACCAUUUUACUUGCACCAAAUGAUUUUAUAAUAUAUAAAUUUGAUGAUAUAAAAGUA